AUGAGCUGCUGGCUUAACCCAGAUUUUAUCUGGAGCUUUACAGGACCGGUCUGUGUGAUAAUUGUGACUUUGCAUGAAAAACUGGCAUCUCUAAAUUCACAGACAUCUACAGUCAGAAACACCAGGUCACUGAUGUUGAAGGCUAUAGCCCAUGUUUACAUCCUGUGUGUGACUUGGUGUUUUGGCCUCUUUCAAUAUGGCUCUUUGAAAGAUGUUAUGGCAUACAUGUUCACCAUCUUCAACAGUGCACAGGGAAUCUUCAUCUUCCUGGUCCACUGCUUACUCAACCAAAAGGUGAGAGAAGCUUACUGGCAUUGGAUUUAUUGCAAGAAAGACAUCAGACCCACUGUUUCUGAGAUAACUAUGACCUCUGUUCCCAUCAGCAACCCUUUGGUCUUGGACUGGCAAUUUCUUGUGCAGAUGAAGAAGGAAAAGAAUUUAUACUGCUCAGUGAUGGGUCCUGCCUUGAUCUUCUUGAAUCCUGUUGGUGCUAGUGACAUGCUUACUGAAUCCGCCCUGAAAGACUCGGUGGAUUCCUUUGAAAAGCUUUUUGAUAACCAGUCUUAUUGGGAUAAUAACGUAAAGAAGGAUUUUGUCACAAUUUUGCCCAGGAUUAUGGACUACAUAAGCUUAGGUGCACUAUUUACAGCUCUUGCAAAUCCAGGAAACACUUCUCGAACAGUGGUUCGAAACUUCACUGUGAUCCAAACAAAUCUUAUCAGUCCGGGAUCCUUUGAAAAGAAUGAAACACUGGAGUUAAAAGCUCAAGGAGAUCAAAUGGUCAUCCAUCCAAGAGCAGCGACUGCCAUGACCACAGAUACUGUUGCUGUGGCUUUUAUAUCGGCUGGUGGGCUGGAAUCACUUUUAAAAGAGACUUUAGUGCAGAAUGGAACAUUCCCGGACAAUGAAAUGCUGACAAAUGUUCAUAUGAACUCCAGGCUGAUAAGCGUUUCUGUCGGGAACAAGAUACAGGCUAUUUCUACCCCGGUCAAUCUCACUUUUCAGCAUCUCAAGAAUAAAGUUGCCCAGGAAAAGGUUCUUUGUGUCCACUUGAACUCUGGUGCCUUGUCCAAACAUGGUUGCCGGCAGCUCUUUUCUAACAUCACCCAUACAGAAUGCAGCUGUCAACAUCUGUCCAGUUUUGCUGUACUGAUGGCCACAACUCAUAAACACGGAGAUCUGAUCCUCACCAUUAUUAGCUACCUUGGGUUGUCCAUCUCAGUCAUCUGCCUCUUCCUGUGUAUUGUCACAUUCCUCUGCUGCCGCUCCAGCCACAACAGCAGCACCUUCAUCCACCUACAAUUGAGCUUCUGCCUGUUUUUUGCAGACCUCCUCUUCAUAAUUGGAAUAGAUAAAACAGGCAACAAGAUCCUGUGUUCAAUCAUAGCUGGAAUGCUGAAGUAUCUUUUUUUGGCCUGCUUUGUCUGGAUGUUCUUGGAAGGUGUCAAUCUCUACCUCAUUGUCAGAAACUUGAAAGUUGCAAAUUACAGCGGGGCCAGCAAGUAUAUGAAGAUAUGCAUGUACCUCAUUGGUUAUGGGUUUCCUGUCCUGAUCGUAGCUAUUUCUGCAGUAAUUAACCCUGGAGCCUUUGGGACACUUUAUCGCUGCUGGCUUAACCCAGAUUUUAUCUGGAGCUUUACCGGACCUGUCUGUGCAAUAAUUGUGGUCAACUUAGUGUUUUUUUGUCUUAUUCUGAGGAAUCUGCAUAAAAAAUUGGCUUCUCUCAAUUCAGAGAUAUCUUCAGUCAAAAAUACCAGGUCACUGAUAUUUAAGGCCAUAGCCCAUGUGUUCAUCCUUGGUGUGACCUGGUGUUUGGGCCUCUUUCAAUAUGGCCCUGUGGAAGACAUUAUGGCAUACCUGUUCACCAUCACCAACAGUGUGCAAGGAAUCUUCAUUUUCCUGGUGUACUGCUUACUCAACCAAAAGGUGAGAGAAGCAUACUGGCAUUGGAUCUGCUGCAUCAGAAACAGUGCACCUGAUGUCUCUGAGAUUAUUGUGACCUCUUCUCCCAUCAGCAAUCCUUCAGUAAGCAUGAUCAAAAAUUUUAUUACAUUUUGCAAUGGCCUGGAGAAUGUCCUGUUUACUAAGGCUGAACAUAGGCUGAAGAAACACAAAGGAUGUGCCAACAUAACAAGUAUCUUGACAGCAACAUUCCUCUGUUUAAUGACUGUGUACUUUUAA